AUGGGCUGGGUUAAGCACGCACGCACGGAGGUGCACGCCGGCGCGCCGCGGUGCGGGGAGCCGGGGCCGGCGCUGUGUGCGGAGGUCAACAACACGCGGCCGCCGCGGCGCGUCAACCAGCAGGUCAUCCUGCCCACGGCCAUCGACGAGACCCAGAUCGCGGAGCUCCUCAAGCCCUACGCCAAGGCCAAGCUGCUGCACAUUGCGCAGCCGCUCGUGUACCCCUUGCUGGCUGCAUCCGCGCGGUCUGCACACCAGCACGUUUCGCUCCCCGCGUCAGUGCUGAUCCGCGCGCGCCGCCCGCCCGCCUGCCUGGCUCUGCAGCCGAGCCUGCUGUUUGGCGGCUUCAAGGACGACCUGACGCGGUCCCAGUUUGAGGUCUGGAUCGAUACCAUACUGGCGCCAUGGUGCUGCAGGACCCCCGCUGACGCUCUGAAGCACGGCGCCAUGAGGCUCGUCAGGAUGCGCGCCCGCAGGGAGCUCGCGGCCCCGCGGCCAAAGCAGCAGCCCGCGGCAGACGCGCGAAGGCGGCGCGUGUAA